AUGAAGACAGCAGCAGCACGAGCCUUCCGAGGCGCCGUCAAUGGCCUCCAGAGCCGCAGCUACUCACAGGCCGCCAAGCCACCCAGGCAUCUCAUGUCCAUCAGCGAUCUGACGCCCUCCGAAUUCUCCGCUCUGGUGCGCAAUGCCGCUGCCCGGAAGCACGACACGGUGGCCAUGAUGUUCAGCAAGCGCAGCACGAGGACGCGCGUGUCGACCGAGGCGGCGGUGACGAUGCUCGGCGGCCAUCCCAUGUUCCUGGGCAAGGACGACAUUCAGCUCGGCGUCAAUGAAUCUCUGUAUGAUACCUCCGUUGUCAUCUCAUCAAUGACGUCCUGCAUGGUAGCCCGGGUUGGCCCCCAUUCAGACGUCACCGGGCUGGCAGAGCACUCAACCGUCCCCGUCAUCAACGCCCUCUCAGAUGACUUCCAUCCGCUGCAGACCAUUGCCGACUUUCUCACCAUCCACGAGGCUUUCCCGUCAUCUCAGUCAAGCAACAAGAGCCUCAACCUGAGUGGCUUGAAAGUGGCCUGGGUUGGUGACUCUAACAACGUGCUCUUCGACCUCGCCAUCGGCUGCGUCAAGACGGGUGUUGACAUCGCCGUCGCCUCGCCCCAGGGCUACGGCAUCCCUGAUCACAUGAGGCAGCUCAUCAACUCGGCUGCCAGCGGCGUGGCAUCGCCCGGCAAGCUGUCGGAGACGACCGUUCCGGAAGAGGCCAUCAAGAACGCCGACAUCCUCGUGACCGACACGUGGAUCUCCAUGGGCCAAGAGGCCGAGAAACAGAAGAGGCUCAAGGCUUUCGCCGGGUAUCAGAUCACCAACGAGCUGGCCAAGCGAGGUGGUGCCAAGGAGGGCUGGAAGUUCAUGCACUGCCUGCCUCGACACCCGGAAGAGGUGGCGGACGAGGUGUUUUACAGCCCUAGGUCUUUGGUCUUCCCAGAGGCGGAGAACAGGCUGUGGGCAGCCGUUGCGGCGUUGGAAGGCUUCGUUGUUAACAAGGGUGUGCUCGAGUAAAAAGUUGGACUUGGAUGAUUUACAAG